AUGUCCUUCCCCAAGCUGUCCUGGGCAGUCCUGCUGGUUGUUUGGACAGCCUGUACCUCAGCCGAUUUCACCGUAUACAAGGCUUACAACGCGGAUGCCCUGGUAGCUGGGCUUGCUCUGGGCGAAACUUGCCUGCAAGCACUACUGGACGCCUACGGACGUUACGCAACUCUGCUCUCCUACUUGCACCGAGUCUCUCGGGCCUGGGAGCGUGGAGCCAACAAGGGCCUCCCCUUAACCUUCGCCUACAACGCCGGGCUCGUGUGCACGCGAGAUCAGGCAGCGUCCAGGUGGUGCUUCCUGGACUCGCAGACGUGGCAAGGCAGCGACUAUAUCCGCUGGGACCCAGACAUGUGCUUUAGCAACGGUGACGACAACAGCACCGUUGCGCCGGAGUGCGCGGAUCCGGGCUUUGACGUUGACGAGGUUGACGACGACAUGUCUGCUAUCAGGAACCUCUACGAAAAGGAUCUGAUAUACCGCAAGCGGCUUCUGAACCCCUGGCUGCCCAACGCCAACUUCACGGACUACCUGAUCGACCGAUUUGACGGCAUCCAGCGCGUGUGCUCCACCAGUCUCCCCUACACCACCUCGGCGUCGACGCUGUACGCGGUAGAGGCGACUUCGACGACUACUACUGGAGCAACCCCAACGAGCCAGUCCAUGACGGCGACGCCUACCUGCCAGGGGCAGACGAUACAGCCGCUGGAAAACUGGCUCACCUGCAACGACCUGUCGGAUACGUGA